AUAAUAAUACUAAUAAUCAAGUAGUAGUAAACGAUGAGAUGAGAAGAAGCUCUGGACCUUUCGCUAUUGGAGGAGCUGCCAAUGGCGGUGCGCUUUGUCCUUAUCUUCUUCUGCUGAAACCACCACCACCACCACCACCACCGGCGGCUGCGGCGAUCUUUUAACCUUUAAAGAUGGUGACAAAUGAUUAUGUGACGAUUGCGAAUGGAAUGAUGGAAGAUGAGUUUAUAAAAAGACAUCAUAAACAUGAUGUUAAAGAACAUCAGUGUAGUUCUUCUCUUGUUAAACACAUUAAAGCUCCUGUUCCUCUUGUGUGGUCUUUGGUGAGGAGAUUUGAUCAACCACAGAAGUAUAAGCCAUUUGUAAGCAGGUGCAUUGCGCAGGGUGACCUUCAGAUUGGAAGUGUUAGAGAGGUGAAUGUUAAGUCUGGACUUCCAGCUACUACUAGUACUGAACGUUUGGAGCUAUUAGAUGACGAUGAGCAUAUUUUUGGUAUGAAGAUUGUUGGUGGAGAUCAUAGACUCAAGAACUAUUCGUCCAUUGUUACUGUUCAUCCAAAGGUCAUUGAUGGGCGACCAGGUACGUUGGUGAUCGAGUCAUUUGUGGUGGAUGUGCCUGAUGGAAAUACCAAGGAUGAAACAUGUUACUUUGUUGAGGCCCUGAUCAAGUGCAACCUGAAGUCACUGGCUGAUGUGUCAGAGCGUUUGGCUGUGCAAGGCCGGACAGAACCCAUUGACAGAACGUAAGUAUGUGGGGGCUGAUUCCUGGUGUAGAGAAUGUAGGUGGAAACGUAAGGUUUUCAUUGCCAAAGAAUGGAGAGUUAGGCAUCCAAGAGGCGAAGUCACUUUUCUUUUCCUUACACUUUUGUUCAAUCUCAUUGCACUAUUUGGAUAUCUUUCGUCUAUAGUAGUGGGCAAGCUCAUCUACUGCCUAUAUAGGAUUCCUAAACAAAACCAACACGCCAGAUUGUCUUUUGUUCUUGUUCAGUGCUUUAAUAAUGUGGUAUGUAUUCACAUCUGAUUGUAAAUAUGCAUGCACGAUGACACAAUCGAACAUUAGAAUGUUUGUUUUGCAUUUGAUCAA